GGUGGUUCAUCCAAGAAUUGUUACAAACAUGCAUACAGGGCGAGUGAGAGCGUCCCAAUAUCGGUGCUGGAGCAAGCGGAAACCUUUGUAUCAACGUUUCAAGGUGAUGAUGGACUGUUUCAGAACGCCCGCGCGUUCUUAAAUCCUCGAAUAGCCUGCCGGCACUGCCAACCUGCCAGAGUAAAUUUUAAGUCCUGACUUGUCUAUUUGCUUCCGUGGUUGUUUUGACCAAGUUUGUUUGUUCAGUUCGCCCUUGAGCGGAUAACUACUUGCCCUCGGCAGACGCCUGUAACUACUGGUGUUCCUCGGAGUAACCUGGCGAGCGCCAGAUAUGACUGACCUGUUGGGGCGCUACGGCGUUCUGCGGUUGUUGUCUAACAAGACCAGAAAGCCCGUCACCUCAUUCCCCGUCGAUUCGGACGUCCUCACUUUUGGACGCGACACAACAUGCGACGUUCGAAUGUACUUUACAUUCGUCUCUCCCCUUCACGCCAAACUCGUGUUUGAGAGCGGCCAGGCCUUUCUCAGUGUGAUGGGUAUGCAGGGCAUUGUGGUGAAUGGAAGUGUGGUCAUGCCUUCGUCGCGCAGUGGAGAACCGAUCAUCUUACCGCUUCAGGACCAAGCGGAAUUCACGAUUCACAACAAAACAUUUAGGUUCGAAUACCCUUCCGAUUCUGCCCACCCAUUUCGCGUAGAGACCCCACCUCGUAAAUCACGCAAGUCAUUACGAAUGUCGAUGAUAAAUGCUGCACGAGUUGUCUCCCCUGACAUGAAGGUCUCCCCCCUCUCUCCUUCCCUCGAAGUCCUCCAAAGUCCAAUCAAGCCAUAUGGGGAUGUAAAGUCUUCUGCCGAACGCGAUUUGGAAGUUAUCCUUGCUGAAGGAGACGACGUUACUGUUUCGAAACAAGGGAAUGACCUCGUGAUCGUCGAGUCCAUAGGAGAUCCGGACCAUGAUAAAGAAACGGAAGACUUUAGGUCGUCUAGUAUGGACUUCAUUCGCCCUCAAAGGGAACAGAGUUUUGCCAUGGAAACUCCCCGAACUCCCACAAGACCGAAGAAACUUGACGAGCUUGAGCAGGAUUCACUCGAGGAGGAAGGCAAUCCCGUUGAACAAACCAAGAACGUGAAUGACGCCUCGUAUCCUGAGAACGAAGAGGAUGAGCCAAUCGAUCAGUCUUUGGUUGGGGAAGGCCAGGACCAUGAGUAUCACGAGGCCCCUCUAGGCUGUUCGACAUCCGCACGCCCAUCACUUCUCCGAGCCAGUCUCGGCGCCAUCGGCAACGUUCUGGCCGCCCCCUUCUCAAUAACAUGGGAUGCCAGCGAAAGCGAACCUGCAGAACAACCUCAAGUUGUCGCCCAUCGCGACGCAUCUGGUGUAGUCGCUCCAGAAGAAAAACAGGACGAGACCCCUGGCUCUUUGCUGGAUCACUCAAUGGAAAACGUUGAAGAUGAGGAGUAUCCUCCCGUUACGGAAUCUGAAACGGAACCCCCGAAUCAUUUGGACGAAUCCGACCUCCAUUCCCCUUCACCUGCCUCCCAGAUAGGCUUUCCUUCUCCCUCAAAGGCACCCCUUUCCCCCACCAAACCCCGUUCACAGUCCCUAGAGACGGGCAUUUCCGAAACCACCCUCCUUGCUCGUCGGAACCGCAAUAGUGCAUUCGGACUUCCUGAGCGUUGGAUCAGAAAUGCCGCGCCAGAGCCCAAUGAGAGACCCGAAGAGUCUAAUCUCCCGGACAACACACCGAUCCAGGUGAGUAUUUUGAUGUCUUUUACCCUGGACUUUCACUAACGUCGUUUCAGCCUGCGACCUUCUCUACGCCUGUCAAAGUUGCCUCUUUCACCGCCCCAUUCACCGCCAUCCCCUCUUCUACCCCGCUCAACAGUCAGCCUUCACAGACUCCAACUUUGGAAAGUCUUCGCAAGCAAGCUCAGAAGUUUGAGAUUGACAAUGCGAAUCGUGCUACUCGCCUCA